GUUCAAUAAUUCUCUUUAUCUCAUUCGUUCUUUUUAACAUUUCAAAAAGUUAUAUGCACACAGAUACAAAAGGAAAACGCGUAUAUUAAAUUAAAUCCGUAAGAUCUGCAUCAUCACUUCAGUUUCUUCCAAAACAAUCUCUCAUUUCUCAUUUGUCAUCAUCAUCAUCUUACUCUAAACUCUAUUUUCCAUCAACAAAUUGUCACCAAACCGUAAAAUCUGUAGGAAAAUCACCAGAAUUCAACUUGCGAAAUCGGUUAAUUGUUAAAAAAUGGGAAAAACCGGACGAGAUUGGACUCAGAUCUACGCAAUUUACGGCAUGGAUGACUGGCAAACGCCGGUUUUCCUGUUAAUUCACGCGAUAUUCUUCUCAAUCUCUUCGGUUCUGUUUCUCGUCUACUUCGAUUUUGUAUGCUACUCUUUCCAGUUGAUUCUUCCCGCGGUUUUUACAACCGGUUUUGCGAGAUUCGCGGCCGGUUUUACCGGCUCGGUCACCGCUUUAUCCGGGGUGUGUCUGUUUUAUGCGGCCGGAAACAUUUUUUACUCGUCGGUAGCACUUCGCUGGGAAAUGGCACAGCGAAUGGUUAGCGCGGUUCAUGACUGGUCAACAGUUAAAACCGCGCUGGAUGUUGGUUGUGGCCGUGGCAUCCUUCUCAAUGCCGUCGCCAUGCAGCUUAAAAAAGAAGGAAGCUCUGGCCGGGUUGUUGGAUUGGAUCGGAAAAACACGACUUUAUCGACUCUCAGAACUGCUGGUAUCGAAGGUGUACAGGAAUAUGUCACAUGCCGUGAAGGAGACGCCCGCCGGCUACCGUUUCCCGACAACUACUUCGACGUGGUGGUGUCGGCGGGGUUUGUGCACACGGUAGGGAAAGAAUUCGGGCAGAAAACCGCCGCGGCAGCCGCCGAACGGAUGCGAGUGUUGGGAGAAGUUGUUAGGGUGUUGAAAGGUGGUAGUGUUGGGGUGGUGUGGGACCUGGUUCAUGUACCGGAGUACGUUCAACGAUUACAAGAGUUGAAAAUGGAAGACAUAAGGGUUUCUGAGCGUGUAACGGCGUUCAUGGUUAGCAGCCACAUCGUUUCAUUUCGCAAGCCAAGUCAGCACGUUGUGGGGCCCAGUGAAGUUAGGUUAGACUGGAGAUUCAACGGAAUAUGUUGAAAAAUUAUAUUUAUUAUUUAUUAUGAGAUAUAUUACAAAAUAAUAGAAAUACAGCAUGUCUCAGGAUAAGAAUGAGUCUAGAUCAUACUCUCUUGAAUUGUUUAUAAAUGAGAUGAUAAUAAAUAUAUACCUUACAGCUUUUGUAUUUCACCUAUACAUUUGGCUUGUAUUUGAAGUUGUAAAUGAGUCAAAACAAGAACAAGUCAACGAAUUUA